UAGGUUAAACUGAGAAUCGGUAGACUUUCUGCCUACAAAAUGUUGUUUUCUUUUAUUAAUGGAUAACACUGCUGAAGUGGCAACGUUUGAUGGCGUAAAUAUGUGACGAGAUCUGUCAGUGUGUGUGGAAAAUAUGGAUAUUGUGUGUGAUUUGGAGUUCAUAAAUUUCAUGACGGGCCAAUGAGGAUGUUGAUACAAACCUUCUCUAGUUGAUUCCUGAAUUAAGUUCCUGUUAGCCGUCAACUUGGUGACAUACUAAACGGCACCAGAAGAUGGCCAACAAGAUAAAAGGCUGGGUUAGCAAAAACAAACGGAGACACAAAGAAGACGGCUUCGAUCUGGACCUUACAUAUAUUACUCCAAACAUCAUUGCGAUGGGCUUCCCAGCAGACAAGUUGGAGGGUGUGUACAGAAACAACAUAGAUGAUGUUGUCCGGUUUCUGGAGGGAAAGCACAAAGACCACUACAAAGUGUACAAUCUUUGUUGUGAACGGAAGUAUGACACGUCCAAGUUUCGCCACCGUGUGGCCAACUUUCCGUUUGAGGACCACAACCCUCCACGCCUGGAGCUGAUCAAACCAUUCUGUGAAGACUUGGAUGAAUGGCUCAGUUCAGACCCAGACAAUGUAGCUGCCAUACACUGUAAAGCAGGAAAGGGUCGAACUGGAGUCAUGAUUUGUGCUUACAUGCUGCACCGUGAGAGAUUUGACAAUGCUGAUGAUGCUUUAAAAUUCUAUAGUCAAACAAGAACAAGAGAUUUUAAGGGUGUGACAAUUCCGAGCCAGAAGCGGUACGUGUAUUACUAUGGCGAGCUUCUCAGGAAUGGUUUCACGUACGUGCCAGUCACUCUGCUGCUGAGAGAGAUACGCUUUGAAACCAUUCCAAUAACCAGUGUCGGGUCCUCUUGUUGUCCGUACUUUGAGGUGUACCAGAUGAAGGUGAGGGUGUUGACGUCGCCGGUGUACGAGGGACUAAAGAAAGGAGAUUCACACUUCAGUAUGGUACUCCAACAACCUGUGAUGGUAGGUGGCGACGUCAAGAUUGAUUUCUUCAACAAACCAAGAUAUGGGAAAAAGGAAAAGAUGUUUCAUUUUUGGUUCAAUACGUUCUUUGUGCAUGAAACCGAAAAAGCUGACCCUGUUAAUGGAGAUGCUCUCAAUCCAAGCAGCUGUCGAGAAUAUUUGACCAUGACCAUUCCCAAGAUGGAGCUUGACCGGGCAAAUAAGGACAAAUCGCACAAAGCGUACAGUCCCAACUUCAAGGUAAAAGUUUAUUUCAUUCAUCCUGAGACGAACCUGGAAAGAAGUAAAAGUGCUGAUGACAUGAUGUGUAAAAACUGUACGUCGAAGCCGCGUUCCAACACGGAGGAGAAACUGUGGUCUGGUCACUCACCACAGAUCACACACAUGACGGCGAACCAGCGGCUGGCAGCCUCGUUCAGUAAACUGACUUGCAGCGACCCCUCGCUGUCCGUGAGACAGUCCAACGUAUUACCUCCCGACUAUUCGCCCACAACAUCCAACAGACAGUCUAACCCGCUCCCUUCGGACUUGACCGUCAGAAACGGUGGUGAAGUUGUCCCAGGUCUGACGACCUCAGAAAGCGGUCGGGUGGUUUCUUUGUUGAGUGUGGAGGGCGGGUCCUUGUAUCAUAGCGACAACGAACCGUUCGAAGACGAUCUGUCCGACACAGAAUCUGAUAAUGAGUGGGAAGGCUGUGAGGUGACGCAAGUAUGACCACAGCUCUUCUAGUUUCCGUUUUUAUUCAAUCUUUUAUCGCUGUCAGUUGGUGGUUUUCAAACUUCAAAGGUGCACAGAGAGUGCUUGUGUGUGUGUGGGUGCGCGAGAAUGUGAGAUCUAUUUUUAAUUAUCAUUAACAUUAUUAAUAACCUGAAGAAUCAUGGAUGUAUAUGUCAGAAAUUGCACAGAAAAUGGAACACUUUUAUUUUUCUCAGUAGAGGAUGGGAUAUUUUCUUAUUACCUAUUAAAUAUCUACCAGUUCACACAUGGUAUGUAAUGGCAUCUCAUUUAUCUACAAAAAACCCAUCUGUAAUAUGAUAAUUUUGAACUUUCUUUGAGGUCAUUUGAGGAUUAUAAAAUGGAACACUUUUAUUUUUCUCAGUAGAGGAUGUGAUAUUUUCUUAUUAUCUAUUAAAUAUCUACCAGUUCACACAUGGUAUGUAAUGGCAUCUCAUUUAUCUACAAAAAACCCAUCUGUAAUAUGAUAAUUUUGAACUUUCUUUGAGGUCAUUUGAGGAUUAUAAAAUGGAACACUUUUAUUUUUCUCAGUAGAGAAUGUGAUAUUUUCUUAUUAUCUAUUAAAUAUCUACCAGUUCACACAUGGUAUGUAAUGGCAUCUCAUUUAUCUACAAAAAACCCAUCUGUAAUAUGAUAAUUUUGAACUUUCUUUGAGGUCAUUUGAGGAUUAUGAAAUGGAACACUUUUAUUUUCUCAGUAGAGGAUGUUAUAUUUUCUUAUUACCUGUAAUAAAAUACCUAUGAAAUAUCCACCAUUUCACACAUGGUAUGUAAUGCAAUCUCAUUUACCUACUAAGAAGACAUUUGUAAUAUGAUAAGUUUGAACUUUCUUUGAGGUCAUUUGAGGAUUAUGAAAUGUGGAUGUGGAUAUGACAGCUUAAAAAAAUUUGAGCCAAAAUUACAAACCUGUUUUCGUCUCUGUAACUACAAUAUAUAUUUACAAUGCUUAAACACCUGUGUUUAAGAAAAACGAGCUUCGUAAAUUUGGUCCGUUAAUGUUUUCUGUCACAGAUUUGUCCAUAGGUUGGUGUUUAUUCUCAGUUUUUAUCACUUUGUAUGAUCAAAUUCCAUGGAGAUAAUGCUAAUUUGAGUAAACUUUUACUAAUUACAGAUUUUACCAAUGUGAUGGAUGUGAUGUAAGACUUUGAAUUGUCCAUAUAAAAAUCAAGACAAACUGUUUUCUGAUUAUUAGUUUAAGACACACGAACCCUCAAGUAGUCAGACUGUUAAGUAAAGCAACAAACUAGUUGAAAGGUAAAACAAAAUUUCCAUCUGGCUACUCAAGCCAGUGUUCCAUUUUCUCGUGACGUCUCCCAUAUGUCUUCUGUUUGGUAUAGAAGAAUAAAAUUCCCUUUGUUAUAUUCCCAUUCCCCUUGAUGUAUUUCACAUGGCAUCCAGUUAGCAAUGCAGUGCUCGGAAGUCUCUCUUUUUUCAAACUGGAUAAGUUACCAGUGUGUGCCUGUAUGUUUUUUAGUGGAGUCGCACAAUUACAAGAUAUUACACUAUUUUCUCUUUUAAGAAUUAAAAAAAAAGAUAAUUAACUAACAUGGAUUCUUGGGGAAUCAAUUGUGAAUUUAAAGUAAACAUAUAUUCAUUGACUGUCCACAAAAUACCUAAAUUGGACAUUAAUUGUUAUAGAAAUACAUGUAUUGAAUAUUUCGAAUUGAAAAAUAAGGAAUACAUGUAUUACUAUUAGUUUAGAAUUGUCCUAUCUAGUUUUAUUUAAGAAUGCUACAAAGUAAUGAAAUGCUUGACAAAAAUAGUUACAUAGUGUUAGGUGGAAUACAGGAUAUGACAGUUAAUUUUGGAAAUGGAUUAAUUGUUAAAAGAGAAUGUGGAAUAAGGACAGUUUUUUUUUUAAUUACUUAGGCCAGUAUUUUUUUUUUGCUCAAAUAAAAAUAUUAAAAAAGUCGUAUUUUUCACUUUUAUUUUUUGCCGCCGACUUCCACAAAUAGCUCUAAAGAAAGAAAAAAUUACCAUUCUAUUCUAUUGUGGCGCAUUUCGUAAGGUAACAGUGAGAAAUAACACUUAUUUCGUCAAUAAAUAUACCAUUGUAGAUACGAAUUGUUAAUUCGUCUUUAGUCGUUCUCUUUCGAUCCGAUUCGCUAUUUCGCUCACCCCUACUGAUACACCCCAAACAGGUAUUUUGGGGUUUUUUUCCUUCCUCCUACCUUUGUGCACAAAAGUUCUUGUUCGUAAACCUAAAAAUUAAAAAAUACUGGCCUUAUUGUUUUAAUUUGUUUUUGGGGGAAAGGAGGGGGUAGAGAUUUUUGGUGCCCAGUAUAUGUAAAUGUUAAUCUGAUUUACAUUGGAAUUUUUGUUGUGUUGUAAAAAGAAAUUUGUGUUACAUAUUUUUAAAUUUCUAUAUUCACAGAAUUAAAUCGGUCCAUCACUUUUUUUUUUUUUUUUUGAAACAUCAAAUUUGUAGUAAUUAUUUUUAAUAGAACCAGUCUUUGACGUGAGGUUUUUCAUUAAUACCUUCAUGUAAUUUAUGACCCCUGUACUCAUCACCAUUUUUUAAUCAAAUUUGUAGGUAAUAUUUUUAAUUUAAGCUGAAUCCUUUGGAUUCUUAUGAUUUUAGGUCUUCGGAAAACACAUUUUGUUGUUGAGAUUUCCCGAUAUUAUUUCAGAAAGCAUUAUAGAAGGAAAGUGAUGUUUAUUACAGUAUGUGUUUUCACAGUAGUUAUUAAAACAUACGUAGAGGCUUUUAGAAUUUGUAGACCUAAGUUCUGGUAAAAUGGUUUCUGAUUUUAAUUUUUAUCUGCAGUACACAAAGAGCAUUUGUUGGUUUGAGAAAAUGAAAUCAAGUUUGACAUACAUGUAUGUUCGAAGUUCAGGUUUAUGACAAGCAUAAUUAUGUGUGUUUGCAUCCAGGUGGAAACAAACGCAAAAGAACAACACAAGCAUUUUUAAUUAACUGGGUUAUGUCUAGCACCAAUAGUGACUCGUAUAACGUUUCUCAUACUUUGCAGAGGGUACAAAAUCACCAUCUAGCCACUGUUAUACGGGUUCUACCUCGCACUAAAUUUGGAUUAGGCACAUACUUUUACAUGGAUUAAAUAGAUUUUUCAAAAUAGGAAAACAGCAUAGACAUAUUUUGACUUCCUGGCUGGUGCUAAAUAACAGAGUCUAGAUGCUUGUUAUUUUGUGACUUCAGUUUACAGAGCUCAUUAUUCAUCUAACGUGUAUUUAAAAAAAAAAAAAAACAUUAAAAGAAAUACGGAAAUGUGUUUAUUUUAAAAAGUACUGGAUGAGCAGUUGAAAUGAAGGUGCAUAUAUAUUAAAAAACCAGAUUUAACAAA